GCGUUUUUCCAUUGUUGUCACAUACAACUGAAAAACAUUGAGAAAUCCAGCCGUUUCGCUGCAAAAUAGCAUUCUGUAGGCCUAAUUUACCUUAAACCAUAAUAAACAUUUGAGUAGGCUAACUUUUUUAUGACUGGAGCGCAUUCACCGUGAACGCUGGACUGUCAGAGACUCAUAAUUUUAAAAUAAUCUUCAUUAAAAUCUAAAUACUGGUUUAUGGCUUUAUAAAAGUGUUCUGCUGUCUAAGAUUUGUUGAUAACUGCAUUCAGAUCUGUCUUAUCAGUCCAUAAGGUGAGGAUGCGUGAGUCUCUCAGAUUAGCCGUUAGGACCUGCCCCUGGCCUCACACCAGUUCAUUACACAUGUAAGUGUAUUACCAUAAUCCCAAAGCUGAGAAGCCAGUCCAAAACACAGAUGAAUGAAGACGAGCUAAGGAAGUCUCUGGCGGUAAUGGUGCUGCCCUGUCCACUUCAGAGCUUGGUUUAGGUCUCCUGCCCGUUUACUAUGUUUACAACUAAAAUCAUGUCAAGAGCGGCUAUAUUUUUCUGGAUGAUACUGUUGCUGUAUGCAGGAGUCUCCAGUGAGGAGAAUAUUAAUGGUUGUGAUACAAACCCGUGCAUGAAUGGUGGUGUGUGCGUGAAUCAGGAUGGACAAUACAAAUGUCAAUGUUCCCAAGAGAGCUAUAAUGGACACCUCUAUGGAGGUCCAUACUGCACAGUAGUCCUGCUUGGCUGUGAGCGUCAUUGGUGCCAGAACAGUGCCACUUGCUAUCCAUACCUGGACAAAGGAAGACAUCGGUACAGCUGCAUCUGCCCUGAGGGCUUCACUGGAACAAAGUGCCAGACAUCCACCACCUUCUCUUUUGAAGAAAGUGGAUUUAUGCAGGUCCAGACCAUCCUCACUAAUGCUUUUGAACCCUUGAAUGUCACUCUGAGUUUUCGUACAUUGCAGGAAGUGGCCACUCUGCUCCAGUGCCAAGUUGAAGAUCAGCUUCUUACGCUGGAGUUAGUGGACGGAAGACUACGGCAUACGUUGCAGAGAGCCCAGGAGACUGAAAGCAUUCUUCUAGAGCUCCCGGGGAUGGUUUCUGAUGGCCGCUGGCACACGGUGAAGGCCUCGCUCCACAAUAGCAUGUUUGGGCUGAGUCUUAGAGACCCGUCUUGUCCUGGAGACACCUGUAACGUGGAAGUACAGAUAGAUAAAGCAGAGCCCGAAUUGGGUUCAGGUCUAUCAGAGUUGACUGUGAUCCAGAAUCUCUACAUAGGUGGAAGAGAAGAGCAAGGGACUGCUGCAAGCUUUCUGGGAUGUAUGCGGGAUGUGUGGUUGGAUUCGCGCAUAGUGGUGCCUGGAUUGGGACCGAGGGCUCCCAUUAAGCAAUUUAAUGUGAAACAGGACUGCAGUGACUGGGACCGAUGCAAGGAAAACCCAUGCCAGAACAGAGGCAGAUGUGUCAAGGCAGGAUGGAGGAGUUUUAGCUGCGAAUGCCAUCGGCCUUAUGAGGGCGAGCGCUGUUUAGAUGAGUAUGUAGCUGCAAGGUUUGGAAAUGAAGAUUUGGAGAGCUACGCUAUGUUCACAGUGGAUGACAGCCCAGGUGACAGUACUACCGUGUCCAUGUUCGUUCGUACACGCCGCUCCCAGGGGCUGCUCCUGGUCCUCUCCAACAGUACCAGUCAGUAUCUCCGUGUCUGGUUGGAGGAUGGAAAGAUCAAAGUUCAAAUCAACAACUUUGAAAGCCUGCUAGGAAGGGAAGCAGUCAACGAUGGUCACUUUCACCUCAUAACUGUGCUUGUGGAACCAGAAUCCCUAUCCCUGUUUAUGUCUGCUAAGCGCCAAGGUCGCAUCCCUAUCCGUCGUGUGCUGGUCCAGGCUGGGGAUGCAGUAUAUGUGGGAGGCUUACCGGAUCGGCGUGCAUCGCUAGCCUUUGGGGGCUACUUUAAGGGCUGUAUCCAAGACCCCCGUAUAAAUAGCAGACGCCUGCAGUUCUACCCAGUCAGUGUCCCGGUGAGCUCCUACAGGCUCGAGACCUUGCUGAACGUUACUCGCGGAUGUACUGGAGACGACUCCUGCAGUAUCAAUCCCUGCUUGAAUGGAGGUGUGUGCUACUCCAUGUGGGAUGAUUUCACAUGCAGUUGCCCACCCAAUACGGCAGGGCAACGCUGUGAGGAAGUCAAGUGGUGUGAGCUGUCUCCAUGUCCCUCCACUGCCAUGUGUCAAGCCCACAGUCAGGGUUUUGAAUGUGCGGUCAAUGUCAGCCUCCGAAGUGACAGCCACAUGAUCACCUAUCGUGGCAAUGGGAAAAUAAAGCGAUACCUCAGCAGCAUUUCAAUACAUUUCCGUACCAGGCAGCAGAAUGCGACUCUACUACAUGCUGAGCAGGAUUCUAGAUUUAUUACCAUUUCCAUCCAAGAUGGACACGUGGUUUUAGAGCUGCAGGGAGAAAAACAAACCUCCUAUGUGUAUAUAACCAGUCUGGACCUGGUUAAUGAUGGACAGUGGCACAGGGCAGACUUCAGCAUGGACAGCACAGCCAUACAGUCAUCCAGAUGGAGAAUGGUUCUGGAUGAGCACUGGGAGAAACCCUCCAUCUCAUUUACAGCAUCAGAAGAUCUGGAUUUCCUAAAAGAAGAUGUGGACAUCAUCUUGGGGGGUUUGGGACCCAAUUCGGAGGGCAACUUUGCUGGCUGUCUUGGUUUGGUGGAGAUUGGUGGACUUGCAUUGCCAUAUUACAGCGACAUGGAGAUGAACCUUCCCAGGCCCCAGGAAGAGCACUUUCUGAGAACCUCUGGAACUCCCUACUUUGGCUGCUGGGGAUCAAAUGUCUGUGAGCCUGACCCUUGCCAAAAUGGAGGGGUUUGUGAAGAUCUGUUCGACCUUUUCAAGUGCCAUUGCCCAUCUGAUUGGGAUGGCCAACGCUGUGAAUCCACUCUAGACACUUGUGCCUCAAACCCUUGUGUUCACGGAGCCUGCAGAGUGGUGUCAGCAGGAUACGAGUGCUCGUGUGACGUAGGCUACACCGGCCGACGCUGUGAAUUGGAGGUGGACGUAUGCGCCCACCACAAGUGCAGCAAUGGAGGAACGUGCCUAAGAGGACUGAAACGCUACGCAUGUCUCUGUCCGAGAAACACGACCGGACCUUUCUGCAGGGAGAGAGUUCCAGAACUUCCAUGGUAUAUCGACAGGUUUCCAUAUCCUAAGCUUCCUGUGUCUUUCUGUGGGAAUGAGAGAUGGAACUAUAGUUGCUUCAAUGGUGGGAAUUGCUCCUCUGUAGAGGAUAACUGUGAAUGUCUACCUGGAUUCACUGGACAAUGGUGCGAGCUGGAGCUGGAUGAAUGUGCAUCUGACCCCUGCCUUAAUGGAGGUUUCUGCCGUAACCUGAUCAACAGGUUCCAGUGUGUGUGCGAGAUGAGCUUUGCAGGUGAUCACUGUCAGAUUGAUGUCAGUGACUUCUACGUUUAUGUGUUCCUGCUCCUGUGGCAGAACAUCUUCCAGCUGUUGUCAUACCUCAUUUUGCGUUUAGAUGAUGACCCAGAGGUGGAAUGGAACGCAGCCAACGAUGACUAAAAACAAUUCCUUCUCAGACAUUCUGAGGAAUCUGAGGAAGAUGUGUGGUCAUGUUGAAUGGACACAAUACGCGAAGGCCUUUAAAGGGAUCCUAUUAUGCUUUUUUUUCAUUUUCAACUUUUAGGGUGUAAUGUUGCUGUUUGAGCAUGAAAAAGGUCUGCAAAGCUACAAAGCUCAAAGUCACUCCAAAGGGAGUUAUUCUCUAUAUCAGUGUGCACUGUUUCUGAACUCCCUGAAACACCUCAAUUGUAGCCUUGAAUUUUCUUCCAGGAACGAACAUGUCACAAAAUUCCCGAUUUAAAGAAUUCCCACCCAAGGUAUACGCAAGUAAAGGUGGCGAGGCCUGGAUGAGUUGAGUUAGUGUUGUGUUGAAACUCACGUUAUGAUAAGGGGCGUAACAUUUCUGAAACACGCUCAAAGUGGUUGACCAAUCACAACACGGUGAUCCAGCCGACCAAUCAGAGCUCAUUGCACUUUUCAGAAGGAGGGGUUUCAUAGAGACAGACCUGGAAGAGAGGUGCUGCAAUAAUGUAAAUUGUGAAAAAUAAGGCUUUAAAAAAUCAAUCAUGAAAUCAUAUUGUAGUAGACGUAUUUACAAAGGUCAUAAUAGCUCCCCUUUUAAUAUUAUUAGAGAUCAUUAUGGGUAUUGGUUUUCAAGAUUGAUUGAUUGAUUACUUUAUAGAUUGAUUACUUUAUUUCGAGCCAUAUAGAAAUACAGGUAUUUUUCACAGAAAAAUAUAAUAUAUUGUGCAAUUUUAUACAUCAUACCCGCAUUGGGUAAAAAAAAACAAAAAAACAAAACAA